AGGGAGAAGCAGCAAACUCAAACAACCUGAGACCCUUCACACCUCACCAUGCUCUGCUUUCUUCUAUUAUCACUGUCCAUUGUGGCGGCGGCGGCGGACCGUGUUCCCCGCCGCUGCGGCACCUGCGACCCCAGUCAGUGUGAGCCGCUGCCGGUCGAGGGCUGCUCAUCCGGGCCGCUGCCGGACGCGUGCGACUGCUGCUCUGUCUGCGCGUCUGGAGCGGGAGAGCCGUGCGGUGGACGCGGAGCCACAGUCAAACGCUGCGCGUCCGGACUCGAGUGCGUCAAGAGCGACAAAGACAAGAAGAGUAAACUCGGGGUCUGUGUGUGCAAGAGCAACUACCCGGUGUGCGGUUCAGACGAUGUCAACUAUAAAACCGGCUGUGAUUUGAAAGCAGCCAGUGUGAAAGCUGUGAGCGAGAAAAAACCCGAGAUUAAGAUUCUGAACAAGGGCAAAUGCGCUCAAGCACCUGCUAUUGUCACAGGUCCUGGAGAGAUCUGGAAUGUGACUGGUUCACAGGUCUUCCUAAGCUGUGAAGCCACCGGGAUACCAACACCUGUGCUCACCUGGAGGAAGGUAUCCGAUGGCAAGGGGAAAAGUGUGCCACUCCCUGGGGACAAAGACAACCUGGCUGUACAGACCCGUGGGGGCCCGGAAAAGCAUGAGGUUACUGGCUGGGUGCUAAUAUCUCCUCUUUCCAAGGACGAGGCCGGUUCCUACGAAUGCCACGCCAGCAACAUUAAGGGCGAAGCAUCGGCUGUAGGCACCAUCCACGUGGUGGACUCCAUCAAUGACAUUCCAUCAAAGAAGGUGACAAAGGAGGAUGAGCUGUAAGAGGUUUCUGGUGGAGAGUCCUGCUGUUUCAGAAGAUUAAGGAAAAAAAAUCCUCAUUGCUGUACACCUGCACAUAGGGAAAAGCAUGUAGCAUUUUGCGUAAUCACUGCUCACACACACACUAACAAGCUGCCUGAGCUAUGCAAAGUAACACACACGGCCACUUUAUUCUAUAUAAGUUAAGGCACAAUCAUAACAACCUGACCCAAACAUUUCCAUUUCUUUAUUCAUAUUGAUACCUAACUCUAUAUAAUCUGUCUGCCCGCAGAGCAACUUAUAAGAUAUUGUAAAGUGCAAAUCAGGACCACAAUCUAGAUUUGAUUUCACAGAGAGGCACGCACAAAUUCACAUAAACCCAUAUCUUAAUACAUUCAGGCUCACAGACUUCACAACGCACAUAAAAUCUCUUUAUUUUAGCUGUAUGCGUGCAAGCAUUUGAGUAUCGCCGUGUACCUCACAAAUGCUUUGCUCCUCUUUUACAGUUAUUGUCAAGAAAAUAGUUUUUUGAUCAUUCAAUUAUUGUACUCAUUCACGUUUCAUUUUUCCUGUGGUUAACGUCUAUGGUGCUGUAUGUACAACAUAUUUUAAGCAUCAACUGUUUUUGUGCAUAAUUUGUAAGACAUAAAAACUGUUCCCCCGGGGUUCAGUCAGAACAAAAUCCUCAAGACUAUUGGGUCUAAAUGUAGAGGAAUUACUCAAGUGAAAGCAAGCCAAAGAAAAAAGACAUGCAGCUGCCUACUUCUUUAGCCUGACCCACAUUUUUAAGCUCAUGACAUUACUAUCAAAAGAAUUUGAAAGUUUUUUUAAUUAUUGUAGAAAUAUAUAUAUAUAGACAUCCUUCCCAUUGGUUUUUACAUUAGAGUGUAAUUUUGUCCUCUAAUGUUUGAUAUUUGUAUAUCACUAAUGAAUAAAAUGUACUUUGUGAGGCAUGCA